UGUACAUUGAAGGGCACAUACCCCAGAUAUUUGAAUUUGACUUUCACAACACGUUCAAUUUAUUUUGGAUGUUUCGGUUCUAUUUCCUAAUGUAUAGGAAACAUCUGCAUGGGAUUUUAUAUAAUCAAUGACCACUUCAUAUGCAGGAGUGAAACUUUCUUCUAUCAAUGGACAUCUAAUAUGUGGAUUAUGUGGUGGAUACUUAAUAGAUGCAACCGUUCUAACCGAAUGCAUACAUGUAUUCUGUAGAAGCUGCAUUCUUAAGUACUUAUCAGAGAACAAGAUUUGUCCGUUAUGCCAAAGCCUAGUGCAGGAGACGAGACCUGGUCAAGCUCUCCGUCCAGAUGUUGCAUUACAACGCAUUGUAUACAAAUUAGUCCCGGGUUUGCUGAAGACUGAAAUGAAAAGGAUUUCAGAAUUUAAGGAAUUAUAUUCAACGGAUUCUUUAUAUGUUGAUACCAUCUUGUCUGGCAAUGAAGUCCUGUUCGGUGCUGCAAAUGCAAGCGGUACUUCUAAUUAUUCUACCUCAUCAGGUCUUCAACCUGCUCCUCUGCCUACGGCUCUCGCUACUCGAUCGCUUUCCAAAACUCCAUGUGCACUUAUUUCGUCAAUGCAAACAUCGCGGACUAUUGUUUCUAAUCGUCUACCGAGUUCAGCUGCAUUUCUAUUGGAAGAUGAUGAAUUUGUCAGUUUGUCUUUAACACAUUUAACAAGUUUACCCUCCUCCUAUUCUAAAGUAUCCGAAUCCUUCAUUUAUAAACGUCACAGUCAGCUGGAUCAUGCUAAAACUUCCUCAAAACUUGAAUCUAGUCACUCCCAGUCAUUGUCAUCAUCAUCAUCAUCCUCAACACUUCGAUUUACAAAUUCAAUUUAUCUUUUAUGCCCAGCUGUUGUCACCGUUGCUAACCUUCAUCAUUUAUUAUUAUCAAAAUAUCAACUUGAUCCUGCAAGACAAAUUGUCGACUUAUAUCUUGACGGUGAGUGUCUGGAACCAUCGCAUAGUCUGCGUGAAGUAGCAUUUCUUUAUUCCUUUCCUACACGGAAUCAAUGUAUGUGCCUGCAAUUUGUUUUCACGGAUGCAUGUACAGCUUGGUGGGGUACACCAAUGCCCUAUCUUGAACGCCUACAACCAAAACGGUCCACCUCAUUCAAAGAUCAUUAUACUGACUCGAAUUCGAUUAAUAUUUGUCUCUCUAGCUUGAAUCAUGCUACUAAAGUGUGUGAAACUUCGAAUAAACAAAGGAAGAGAGCUUCAUUCUGAUGGUGCAUUUAUAGAAAUUGAAGUGCAUUAUAUAUAUAACUCCUGUAAAUAUUUCCCCUUACCUCUUCGUGCAUUUUUACAUGUAAUGUAUCCCCGACACCCGUUUGUAAUCAGGAAGCGAUUACGUAAUUCUUUAUUUUUUGUUGUUACCGUGAUGACUCUCUCUAAACAGGCUUUUCAUCUUUAUUUUUGUCCUUGCCUCCUCCUCAUCAUUUCGUAGUGUUUACUUUGAUGAUUACCUGUUUAUAUUGUACAUAUAUUUUCUAUUUUUUACCAGACCAUUAUUGUGCUGAAGAAGAGAUAAUAAUAUUAAUAAUUAAAUGCCAGCAAGAUAAGCAUUAGUUAAGUGUGUUUACGACGCUUCUUUUAUACACAUUGAAAAAAGAGCUUAAUUUCCAUUCGUAUUUUUCAGACACAAAUUUGUUUUUCUCCAAUUAUGAUUAUUAUUGUUAUUUUCUUGAGUAUCACUGCUCCUGCUGUCUUUCAUUUUGCCGGUAGACACGAUAUUUAGUCAAAGCGAUCAAGUUUCUUAUCUUAACAGUUUAUCUCUAUGUAUAUACUACACACGUUUAAAAUUUGAUUUUCUUUCCCGUCUUUGUCUCUAGAGGAGAUAUACUGUAGCUUAUCUAAGCAUAUAUAUAUGCAUACAUAUAUUUCUGUAAAACUCAAAUCUGGAAAUACAUAUAUAUAUUUUAGUAGACGACUGGUUUUUCUUUUCUUUAUCUUCCAUUAUUAUCUGUUACUGUGUGAUGAUUGAUUAUCUUUCAGGAUGACAGUAUACUGAGAAAUCUAGCUCCUGGCGUUGUAAAGCAGUUUACGUCAACAUUACCAUUUUUUUUUGUUUAACUGAAAUGAAAUGAAGUGGUGGUAACGUGGGAGUUCCCUACUGUUUAUUAAAGCCUGUACACUAUGUAUAUGUAGAGGUGUAGUUCAUUGUCUUAGGCAAUAGACUUCAGCCAAUGCAAUGGGUCACGGGUUCGAGUCUCACUUCACCUACUUCCGCCUAGGCAGGGCAACUCGGUG